AUGGCGGGUACAGAUGACAUCGCCUCAUUGCAGGCACGCAUUGCACAGCUGGAGGAAGACCUUGCUGAUGCCCGGGAGAAUCAGGCCGCAUCAAAGGAGCUCGAAGACGAACUCAUGAAGGAGCUGGAGGCAAACGAAACCGCUCUCGAUCAGGCGCAGCAGAAGCAGGACCUGUUACAGCGCGAUAUCCAAUCAUGGAAGGACAAAUACCAACAAGCAACGACAGAAGCCUCCAAAGCGCAGACGACGAUGCAGAAGGAGAUCGAUUCGUUGCGAGAGAUACAAAAGAAACUCAAGCUGCAGCUACGUGAGGUUGAAGUGAGUAAUGAUGAGAUUGAGAGGAACGAGCGAGUACACCAGUCGGACUUGGAGAGACUAAGGGCAGAGCAUGAGGCGUUGUUGGAACAGCAUGCAAUGCUGGAGAGUGAUUAUGCAGCGACGGAGAGUUUACGAGCAGAUAACCAGCGUCUACGCGAUGAGCUUCGGGAUGCAAACGCAGAGAUUUCGGUCCUGCAAGCGAAGAUUGCGAAGUUAGAGAAAGAGGGACCAGCAUUGAUUCCGUCUGCAUCGUCAAUGAGCGACGUUCCAUCACCGCCGCCAAGUAAUGCUGGCACUCGCGUGUCGAACUCUGUUCAGCCAAGUCGAAGGGCGUCUGUAGCUCACUCAGAAGUCUCACUGUCGCGGCGGCCCAGCGGGACUACAUCAGAACCCCCUGCCCGAUCACGCGGCAACCCUCGUCGCGAGUCCAGUGCAUGGCUCAAAGUACAGGAGCUCAAAGCCAGAACAGAACGAAUGCGUGGUCAGCUUUCCUCUACAUUCAAUGUUCGCCCAUGUUCACGCGCAGGAAGCCGGAACGAUGAUCGACCAGCGAGCCGCGCAAGCCGUCCAGGGUCCGCUUUGUCGCACUCCUCCCUGAGGUCCCGCAGAUUGAGCUCAGCACAUUCCGAUGUGUCUUCCAUCAGGAGUCCGCCUUUUGGGCACGCGACACUUGCAGCUGAUUCUGCAUUGCUGUCACCCGAUUCAAUGAGACCUAGCGCGGCACACGGCCGCAGGCCAAGGCCUUUGUCAAUACAGGGUCCUUCAGCGAUUGCAACUGCUCCCGUACCGGAAGUGUCUACGCCGACAGAGGAGAACCCUCCGACGAACGACAUGACCCCGAAAGCGGCGCUGCCAUCACACCUUACAGAGAAGUCGAAGCUGUACUCGCCGAGUCAUCUGCCUCUGAACCUGCCACGGAAAGUUGGAGCAAUAGAUACGUCGCGCGUACCAAGAUCACGAGUCAAUAAUUCAAUAUCAAGCAGCAUGAGUAUGGCCGACCGACGCAAGAGUCUGCAGAUUCCGAAUACGGCGACCGUCUCGCUUGCCCACCUUAGAUCCGCUUCCUCAGAACGGCAGUCAGCUGGAACGGUUGAGAAACUCAUCAGUGCACCAAUAAAGGUGGAAUCCCCCGCCAGGAGUGGAAUCCCUAAGUCUCCCACUGGAAGCCCUAGCAGGUUACCGGCGCCGUCAUUUCUCAGGCAGAAGAGGAUGAGUUUACAUCCCGGUUUGAAAAGCCUGAGUACAGGAGAGUGA